AAUAGUCCCUUAACCAUGACAAUGAACUGGCCACCUUUGUCAUUGAUGUCACCAAUUUGACUGUGAUCAAUAUCUUUGGAGAAAAUGCAAGAUGUUCUCCAGAUCGCUGUGCAAGUAUUACUGAGGAUGAGGAAAGUCAGUCUUUCCCCAAGCUGCAUCUUUGUGCAUCAAAACAUGGGAGAAGCAACUGCCAAGGAGCAGAACAUGGAAGGACAAAGGUGUUUGCAGGAAAAGCUGGAUGAAAUGACUGUGGUAGCUGUUCAGCAGGAAUUCUGUGACAUCUCCUCCUUUAGUGACGUCAUUUGCUUUGAUGUGAACACCCACAUUCACUACUUUGCUCACCUGUGGGAAGGAGACCCCCCAAUGGCACCACCCAACCCCACCUACAGCCAGAAUGUCCAGCAACUCAAGAGCAAAAUCCUCCAGGCUGCCAAGCAGCAGUCACAGCGCAGCAUUUUGAGGCUCUCGAGCCUGAAAGAUCGUAUUGGUGACCUCUGGAACGCUUUGGUGAAUGAAAACUUUGUUUUCAGCUUCAAGAAUUCCCUGGAGAUUGCUGCAUACAGGAAACUGGAAAGUGCUUUUAGUCAGUGGACCUGGAGGCUGAGGAGUCACUUCUUAGAUGUACAGGUGAGACUGAACAAUAAAAUUCGGAAUGGGGACUUGCAGAAUGUCACCAGGGAGCACCUUGAAGGGCUGGUGCAAGAGACAAGUGAUGCCAUUGAGAAAGAAGUGGAAAAGUAUUUCAGGGAAGACAAAGACCGUGAGACACUGGUCCAGUGGAAAUCAAGUACAGAGCUGAAGCUGAAAGAACUAAAAGAGACUCUUCUUCAUGAAGCGAAAAAGAAAUGUGAGAAUCUUACUGAGCUACAGAAGGAGCAGAGGAAACUGGAUGCAAGGAAGUUGGAAUAUCAAGAUGAGCUCCUGAGAAGGAGUAGGGAGCUGGCUGUGACUCUGAAAGGGAAGAGCCUCAGUGAGAGAGAACUGAAGGACAACUUUACUCUUGUCUGGAACCAGUGGAUUGCUGAAGUCUCCCGUGCUGCUCCUCCACCAGAACGGGUGGAUAUCGAUGCAGAUAUUGAAGAUGUCCUUCUAGAGCACUUUAAGGAGCCAGGUUUCCAUGCACGGAUCAGGUCAUUGCCCAAAUGCAGAGGAUUUUCUUUUGACAUAGAGAAACACAUCACAAAGAAAAAGUUACUAGGCUUUUUCCCAGAACUCAGGAGCAUUUCCAAUGCUGAUAUGAUCAACUUCCAACACAUCACAGAUGACAUCAUAGCACGUGUGAAGGCAAACAUUGAUAAGAAGGAUGCGGAGAAACGGGAUUACAGUCGAAAUUUUAUUCAUGAAAUACUCAAUGAAGUACAGAAAGGUGUUGACUCUGUCCCCAGCAAUGCAAGAUGUACUUUUAACAAAGAGUACAGCAUAGAUUUGUCUCUCUAUCUGUGCAAAAUGGCAGCAGAAAGGUUUAAAGCCAUGCACGAAGCAUUCCAGGAGGCAAAUGACCCAGUUGUGUACCUGAACCGCAAAAGAGAAGAUUUCUUCCAAUGUUUCCAGAUUUCCUGCCAAGGAGCCACUUCAAUCACAACUUUUGUUGUUUUUCUUUGUGACAAGAUUGAACCAGCUCUUAGCCGGGCAGUCUUUGAGAGGACAGCUAGAGACAUUGCUGAGGACAUGAAAAACAAAUUCCCAGACUUCAAGAGCAACAGAGCCAAUUUGGAAGUCUGCAUCCUGAGAUACCUGGCAGAACAAGAAAAUUUUGAGUAUUUCAAGCAGUACCUUACCUCUCCAAAACAGGUUUUUAACAGUUACAUUGAGAGACGAGUUAAGAGUCAUUGUUUAGAUGGGAGUAGCAGGCUGAGGAUGUUUUUAGAGUCUUCCCUUGAAUCUCUCUAUGGAAACAUCCUGUCAGCUGUUUCUUAUCAACCCAAAUUGUCAAAGACAAAAAAGACAGAGAAGACAAAAUCUCUCUUUGGCUGGAUGAAUUUUGUGGGGAACUGGCAGAGGUGA